AUAAUUGUUGUAACAAAAAUAAUGAAAAGUUUAUACUUAAUAUUUAUAUUGAUAAGGAGAAUUUUAAAAAAGAAAUUAAGGAAAAAAUUGUGCAGAUGCUGGAAGAGCCGCCUAUAAAUUUAAGCGAAAAGGUAAAGUUAAAUGUAUCAAUUGGCUUAAAUUCAAAGGAUUACCCAGGGAUACAAUUGGCCGACAUUGUUGCUAAUGGACUGCAAAGAGGCCACAAAAAAACAGACAGUCCUAGGGAGUUUAGAAAUGUUUUUGAAGGAGACUACUGGGAUAAAAAUAGUUGUGGCAAAAACAUGAAGAAUAAACAAGAAAAGAAAACCAAAAGCCAAAGAGUAAGAAAGCGGAUUAAAGGUUAA